AUGGCAGGCUUCUUUCUGGACAAUACAACAUGGAUGCCAAACGGCACAACGGAAUCGCUGGCGCCAUCGUCUGGUGGAAUGUCGAAACUGACGAAAAUCAAAAUAGCUGUCCAAUCGGUGAUUCUCUAUCUAGCAUUAUUUGGAAAUUCUGUUGUGCUUCUCGUUUUAAAAUGUCGGAAACCGAAACUAACUCGAAUGCAGUGGUUUAUUGUGCACUUGUGUUUGACUGAUAUUUUUGUCGCCAUUUUUAAUACCAUGACUCAGCUGAUUCAAGACAUCAAUGGCGGUGUGUUUGUCGGUAAUGAUUUUUCGUGUCGUUUUGUGAAAUAUUUUCAAGUUGUAGCCAUGUACGCUUCGUCUUACGUUUUGAUUAUGACUGCUAUCGACCGGUACAUCAGUAUCUGUCAUCCGUUAAUUAGCCAGACAAUGAAUCCAAACAGACCUCAUUUAAUGGUUCUAGGCGCUUGGGUUCUCUCCCUUGUUUUUUCAAUUCCUCAGAUGAUUAUCUUCAAGUAUAUUUACGAACGAGGUCGAUGGAAUUGCUCGUCCAGUAGAGCCCUUACGGAAAACUGGACGUACCAAGCUUACACUACUUGGAUUUUUGUCUCAAUAUAUGCCGUUCCGUUCUGCAUCCUCGCCUUUUGUUACGGGCGGAUUUGCCAUGUCGUCUGGUCUAGUUCGAAAGCUCAAGCUGCACACCAACCUCUUGGCUCCAGAAGGCUUAACAGCACAAAAGGCCCAAUGUGGAAGAUAUCCUUCAAAAAAAACACCAAUUCGACAGUCCCUCCAAACCAGGACGAUCUGUUAAAACGGAACAGCAUCAAUCCGAAAAGUUUCAAGAAAUCCAUGUCCAAGUCCAAAGUCAAGACGAUCAAAGUAACGCUGUCUGUCGUCAUCUGCUAUUUGCUCUGCUGGGCGCCAUGGUUUACCGCUAUGAUGUGGUGGGCAUACGAUACAAACGCACCAUCGUCAGCUUGGGCGUUCCAUCUGAUAGUUCUUCUGGCGGCCCUCAACAGUUGUACCAAUCCUUGGAUUUAUCUUUUCUUUACUGGAAACGUCUGUUCUAAACGGGAGACUAAACGUCGAGUGUCGCGAUCCUGGACAGCUUCGACACACAUCACGUCCAUGUACGACUCCGAUUCCAGAUCCAGAUCCGGGCGAUCGUCCUACUACGACAUGUCGCAAAGAUCAUCUAGAGAUUUAACUACAUCUAUUUGCGACGCCGACAGCCGACCCAAAUCAACAACGGCUUCCUACUAUGAAAUCGCUAGACGAGACACCGGAAAUCAAGCGUCACAGGACGCUGUUAGCACUUGUUAA